AUGGUGCACGCCCUAACUGGACACUGCCCGUCGCCUUUCCUUCAAGAGACUCUUUUCCCUACCGUCGGCGGAUUUAUCGAUGGACGCUAUUGUGAGAAAGUGACGCUGGGCAACAGCACUUACUCGUGCUGCUUGCCUUGCCCUCUCGCCGAAUGGCGGUACGAUACUGACCUGCAUUCUAAAAUCGACGUGGCCAGCUGGAUCAGUGUCGCUAUUCUCCCUCUUUGUAUCUUUUUGCUAGUUUCGUACGCCGUGUUGCCUGUGAAAUGGACUCACAGACAUUACUUGAGUAUAUGCUUCACAAUUGGUAUCUGUUGCAUGGAGCUUGCCUUCAUUAUCCCACUGGGUGCCAAACCAGAACAGUGCCACAACGCCAUCACCCCUAAUGACAUGCAUUCCGAUCUCUCGUGCGCCUUCUCCGGCUCAUUUCUACUCUUCGGUGGCUGGAUGGUCGUGAUAUGGAGUUUCAUUCGGACCAUCGCAUUCCACCUCCAAGUCUGCUGGGAGGUCGUCCUGGGCCCCAAAUUCAUGUGGUUGGCUUUUGUCUGCGGCUUCGGCAUUCCUGCAAUUGGCCUGACCGUGAUGCUCGUACUUACGGGCGUCUCCUUCAGAUUCGGUGAAAUCUGUCACAUCAACGUGACCAACGCCCUUUACGACUACUGGAUUCCUAUCAUGAUCUUCGCCGCGGCAGCUCUCUUCCUCCAGGUAUCAACCAUGAUCUACUGCACCCACAUAUACGUCCGCUCUCUCUUCGACAAAUCUGCCUCCACGACAGGCAGCUCUGGUCUUCCUUCAUACACAGCUAGCGUUCGGACAGUGACAGCCCGACAAGCCUACCGACGAGUCCGCCGCGUCCUCCAACUUCAAUGGCGAGGCGUGGCCCUCGUCUCAAUCAUCAUCGCCAACGUCAUCUUCUUCGCAGUCGUCUUCAUCGAGCUCGACAACGCAGUCGCCCCAACCGCAGACAACGUCGAACAAGCAACACCUUGGCUCCUAUGCCUCGCCACCACCGGCGGCGACACCGAAGGCUGUCGCCAAUACGCAGCAGCCAUCGGCCCCAACGAAGCUACCCUCCUCGCAGUAGUAAUCCUCCUAUCUCUAGUCGGCUUCUGGAACUUCAUUCUCUUUGCUCGCCCCUCGAUGUUCGCGGGGUGGAUGGAUCUAUUCGGCCGCGGCGUCCGACGCCGCAAUGAAUUCGUUUCCGCCGACGCGAAUAACCGCUUCGUCGAUAACAAGGGCUUCGAAAUGCUGACCUCCACGGUCAAAUCACCAGAUGCUUACAUGCGGUCGCCAAGCCCCGAGCAAAUGGCCCAGGAUCGCAGCGGCUUCACUAGUUCCAGUCCGACAUUCGACCGUAAGGUUCAUCUCGGCCAAGACGCCCGAUAUACUCGUCCCUCUAUGAGCUUCUCGGGGCCUAGGCCGCCUAGCUCGACUCAGGGUACGCGCGAAUGGGACCCUUCAUCUACAUUUGCUCCGGCUUACGAGCGAGAACGAGAUUAA